GCGAUGCUGUACGUGAAGGCGAGACAAACAGGCAACCCAGACAUGGACCGAGUGGGAAAGAUUGUGUUCUAUGAAGACAAGGAUUUCCAAGGACACUACUAUGAGUGUAACAGUGACUGUUCCGAGCUCAACACCCACUUCACCUGCUGCAACUCCAUCCGUGUGGAGAGCGGGGCCUGGGUUCUGUACGAGAGGCCCAACUACCUGGGCUCCCAGUACGUCCUGACCAGGGGCGAGUACCCCGACUUCCAGAGCUGGAUGGGCUACAACGACCGCAUCCGGUCGUGCAGGCUCAUCCCAAACGUCGCGGACGUUUUCAGGCUCCGUAUCUACGAGCGGCCUGAUUUCAGCGGGCAGGUGCUGGACUGUUCUGAGGACGUGAAGGACCUGCCUGAGCGCUGGCAGCACCGGGACGUCCACUCCGCCACGGUGCAGGACGGCACCUGGGUCUUUUACGAGCUGCCCGACUAUGGAGGAUGCCAGUACCUGCUGGAGAGAGGCCAGUACCGCCGCUACAGCGAGUGGGGCGCCAUGAACCCCAGGGUGGGCUCCAUCCGCCGCCUCCAGGACCUGUAGACGCCUCACAUCUGAUUACAACUCACUGUGUUCAUGUUAAGUAUUUCCUGCUUCUGGGACAUGGAUCGACCCAGUGGAUCAGCUGCUGUGUGUAUGUGACUGGCUGCCUUUUCCUUUUCUCUUUUGGUUUAUUGUGACCUUUGAGAGCUUAAAAUCAACACAUCGCUUCAAACAAGUAAAUAUGUCCCUCGCUUUUGAAUUUUUUCCUGUACUUUUGAGCAACAAUCAAUAUAAAAUUUCAAAAUACAAGCAUUUUGUUGUUUACCUAUAUUUCUCCUACCUAACAUAACUUUUUAUCACUUGGUUGCUAAAUGUAUCAGAUGUUACUUUGUCAUAUGGCAGAAAUCCCUCAGGGUUUGGCUUCACUCCUAAAUAAACAAGAAUAAUAUCUCA